AUGAUCAGAUUCCGACCAAAAAACCUCAAUCUUCUCCCUCAAAAUCCCCUGUUUCUGAUACUCUGUUUCUUCCUCCACGGCCUCCACGCUCAGACCUCCACACUCACCCCAACUUCCCCCUUCGCCGACCCUCAAUCCCUCAUCUCCGCCGGCCGGAUCUUCCGGCUAGGCUUCUUCACGCCGGCGAACACUACCCGCCGCUACCUCGCCAUAUCGCAUGUCGUCGACAACACCUCCGUCAUAUGGGUCGCCAACCGGGCCACCCCACUCACCGACACCUCCGGCCGCGUCUCCAUCUCCGCCGACGGUAACCUCGUCCUCUCCGACGGCCUCAAUCGCACCCUCUGGUCCACCAACGCCACCUUCCCGCCCUCAAUCUCACCCCUCUCCGCCGCCGUCGCUACCACCGCCGAGAUUCUCGACUCCGGCAACCUCGUCCUCCGGUUAAACUCCACCGGAUCCGUAAUCUGGGACAGCUUCACCCACCCCACAAGCUUCCUCGUCCCCACCAUGAACCUCACUGACGACGUAAUCACCGGCCGGCGGGUAAGAACCUCCUCCUGGCGAAACCCUUCAGAUCCGGCCGUCGGAGACUUCACCGCCGGCCUUCAGGCCCGCAACAUUCCCCAAAUCUUCACCUGGAGAAACGGCAGCCCGUACUACCGCAGCGGGCCCUGGAACGGGCUUAUCCUCAUCGGCGUCCAGGACAUGUACUCGCCGUACCUCGACGGCUUCCAGGUCGGAAAUGACUCAGGUAAUUACUACUUCUAUGUCCCGACCGGCCGGUUUUUAAUGAAAAUCGACGUGAACUCGACCGGAAGUUUGGUCCAAACCCUCUGGACUGAAGAGACGAGGAGCUGGGAUAUCGUCUGGGUGGCCCCACAGAACCCCUGUGAUCUCUACUCCACAUGCGGGCCUUUCGGGCUUUGCGACCCGCUUCGUUCGCCCAUAUGUUCUUGUUUGCAAGGGUUCGAGCCAGUGAAUCGAGACGAGUGGGCCAAUGGGAAUUGGACGAGCGGGUGCACGAGACGGGCCGGGCUCGGGUGUGGUGCUGACCGGUUCUUGAGGAUGCCGAACAUGAAAGUGCCUGAUUUUGCCGAACAGGUCCCGGGUCGGGUCGAAGAGGAUUGCCGGGUCGGGUGCCUCGGGAACUGUUCGUGUUUGGGGUACUCGCACGACACGAACAUCGGUUGUAUGUUUUGGAGGGAAACUUUAGUCGACAUUCAACAGUUUAAUGGGGUUGGCGCGGUUAUGUACAUUCGUCUCGCUGCAUCGGAGUUUGAUGAAAACCAUGGCAGGAGAUUGGUUAUAAUCAUUCCACUUGUGGUCGGGGGAGUCGCUUUGAUAUUGAUUUUCGUCUUGCUCGGUUGGUGGUGGAUGGCGAAGAAAAAGGGAAAGGGAGUAAUAAUAAAAGACCAAAAGAAGGUAGAAACAUUUCAACCCGACUCGACUGCUAUUGUGUUGAAAGACGAGUCAGAGCAAGUAAGCAUUCAAGAACUCCCAUUGUUCACUUUCAAGACACUUGCUGACUCGACUAAUCAAUUUCACGAUGAGAAUAUGCUCGGGAGGGGCGGUUUUGGAUAUGUUUACAAGGGAAAGCUUGCGAAUGGGAAGGAAAUUGCUGUGAAGAGGCUUUCGGCAGCUUCAGGGCAAGGGAUGCAAGAAUUCAGGAAUGAAGCAGUUGUGAUUUCCAAAGUCCAACAUAGGAAUCUCGUCAAGUUAGUUGGAUGUUGUGUCGAACAAGAAGAGAAAAUGCUCGUGUACGAAUACAUGCCGAAUAAAAGCUUGGACUUCUGUCUGUUUGAUCCAACGCAUCCAUCUCAGAAGAUUCUGGAUUGGGGAAAGCGGAUUAGUAUCAUCGAAGGUAUCGGGAGAGGGCUCUUGUAUCUUCACAGAGACUCGAGAUUGAAAAUCAUUCACCGUGACCUAAAACCGAGCAAUGUGUUGCUCGAUGAGGAUUGGAACCCGAAGAUUUCUGAUUUCGGGAUGGCGAGAAUAUUCGGAGGCAACCAAGAUCAAGCUAGCACGGCUAGAGUUGUCGGGACUUAUGGAUACAUGGCGCCGGAAUACGCAAUGGAGGGCCGGUUUUCUGAGAAAUCGGAUGUCUACAGUUUCGGAGUAUUGAUGUUGGAGAUUAUAAGCGGGAAAAAGAACACGCAGUAUUACAAUCAAGAAUGGUCCUUGAGCCUUUUAGGAUGUGCAUGGAAAUUAUGGAAUGAGGACAAUGGCAUGGCUUUCGCGGAUCGUUCGGUGGCUAAUCCAGAUUUCCGGUCGGAUAUCGUGAGGUGCAUUCAUAUUGCGCUUUUGUGUGUCCAAGAAUUCCCUAAAGACAGGCCAGCAGUUCAGACCGUUUUGUCUAUGCUGAGUCGUGAGAUAGUUGAUUUGCCGCUGCCCGAGCAGCCCAUUUUUGCAGAAAGGUGGGACCGUUCUCACGCGGGGUCCACUCACCCAACCGGCCAGUUCGGGUUCUCGGUCAACGAGUUGACUAUCACGAUGCUCGACGGGCGGUGA